CACGACUCGAGCAGCCUUUUGAUAUCGACUGGUCCUGCGCAGCGCGAACCUUAUUGCUGGGACAGUCCAAUUGCAGUAUGCGGCUAUUGAGGGCCCGCCGUUGACACGCAGCGAUAGGAAUCCGCCGACGGACCCGUCCUGACGAUCAGAUCCGCGCCCGUAUUCGGUGGAUACAACAAGCGACAUGCCCAAGGAUCACGCCUGGAUGAGGCGAAGCGGAGCUGGAACCAGCACUCGAGACACUGGACGAAGAUUGCGGAUCGGAGACGGAGAGUUGUGGGAUGCGCAAAGACACUGUCCGAUCCACAUUCCGCUUUUGUCCACGCUCCAUGUCUUCUCUGUUUUGGACAGACGCCCCCCCGCAGCCGCCUGCCUGCUCUGGAACUGUUCCCAACAAGGACGAAUGUAUGAUAAGCAUCAAACACGCAUGCGAAAAGCUUCGUUUCUUCCACGCCCUGCUGCUUGCUUCGGGGUGGGCGACAGGUCUUCUGGAAUACCAGAGACCCGAGGCGGUCUGUCGGCCUGGUCAGUCAGGCGACCUUGCAUCCCUUUAAUGCGGGUGCCAGUGCCAGUGCCAGUGCCAGUGCUGAUGCGAAUGCUAACGCUGACUGGCGCUGGUGUUGGCGCUGUGUGUGUUGUGUGUAUGCGUACACAGCGUUAGUAAGUGAGUGUAUUCGAGUGUGUGUGUGUGUGUGUGUGUGUGUGUGUGUGUUACGCAACCAAGGCUAAGACAGUGCCAACCUGGUGGGUUGAGUGAAGUGUCAGUCAGCCAGCGCUUCGGCCGGGCCAGUGCAGGCGAUGAUAGACGAUAUGAACGACCGAUGCCGGCGCCAGCAUCAACAGCGGCCAUCAGCGUCACAGCUAGCACUGGCAUGGACAAGGAUGGCACUGAUGCUACUGUGUAGUACAGUAUGUAGGGUCGAGAAUGUUGAGCGAGUCCCCAUCAACCAUCA